CCCUUCCACCCUCGGCUUCAGCAGCUCAUUCUGAGGAACGUCGAGUUCACCGUCAAAGAUGGAGGAGAACAAGCCCUGGGCGCUGGUGGCCGACGUGCUGGGGGAGGGGGGGCACCUGCAGGCGCUCGCUCACGUGCUGCAGCAGCACUUCACCAUCAUCUGCCACCGGGACUUCCUGAAGGACCCGGCGCUGCACGGCCCCAAAGUCCAGGCGCUGCUGAUGUGGAAGUACCUCCCGGCGGCCGAGCCGGCGCUGCUCCGGCUGCUGCCCGCGCUCAGGGUGGUGUCCAGCGGCGGCGUGGGCAUCGACCACCUGGACGUGGCCUUCAUCAACAGCCUGGGGGUGAAAGUGGCCAACACGCCGGGCGUGGUCGCCGACGCCACCGCAGACCUGGCCAUGACUCUGCUGCUGGCGUCGGCCCGCCAGCUGCUGGAGGGUCAUCGGAUCGCCCGCGACCCAAUGACCCUCAGUCUGCCACAAGACCUGAUGGGACACGAGGUCACAGGCGCGACCCUGGGCAUCGUGGGAAUGGGGGAGGUUGGUUACAAAGUGGCCCAGAGGAGCAAAGGCUUCGACAUGGAGGUCAUGUACCACAACAGGAACAGGAGGAGUCGAGAGGAGGAGCAGGCCGUCGGCGCCACUUACUGCCAGAGUCUGGACGAGCUGCUGAGACGCUCCGACUUCCUGGUCGUCGCUGUCAAACUGACCCCCGACACCGUGGGACUCAUCGGCCGCAGGGAGCUGUCGCUGAUGAAGCGCUCGGCGACGCUGGUCAACGUCAGCAGAGGUGUGGUCGUUGACCAGGAGGCGCUGGUCCGAGCGCUCCGGGCCGGAACCAUCCGGGCAGCGGCGCUGGACGUGACUCACCCCGAGCCGUUACCAAGGGACCACCCCCUGCUCCGCCUGCCCAACGCCCUGAUCACCCCCCACAUGGGCAUCAACACCUACGCCACCGCCCGCAGGAUUCUGCAGCGGGUGGUGGACAACGCGGCGGCGGCGGUCAGAGGUCUACCCGUCCCCAACGAGGUCACGCGCCCCAACCUUUAACCAGCGCCCUGGGCUCAGAGCCUCGCAGGAGUCACUUUCCAUGAAUGCGUUUCUCCUAAUUUCCUGUGUCUGUGCUGAAGCUUCGCUGCGGCAGCGGCGGCUGAUAAAGUUCUCAUGGUUCCAGUCACUCGUGAGGCUCCGUAACUGCUGCUGGCAGCGCUGCUGAUAAACGACGCACACAAGACUGCUCCUCAAACACUUCUGCAGCGGCCGUGAUGAAUGUUGCGCAUCUGCAUCCAAGAAAUUACAUUUAUAUUCCAACAAUAACAGCAAAUGUGUUUUUAAGGGAAUGAAA